GCGCGUGUGGUAACAGACAUUUUUUCAAACGGUGACUUCCGAUCUCACAGAAAUACCUUUCGUGAAAAACAAAAUCAAAACCAAUCAUAUCUUCGGAAUUAACCUGAAAAUUUUCGAAAGUCAUCUGAAGAAACCUAAAGCUAUCAUCAGAGAGUCACACAUCUUCAUAUGAAUGACAUUUCAUGAGCAGUUUAUGACAUUUUAAAUUCUCGCACCAUGAAUUUUCUAAGAAUACUGAUUUUUGUGGUUCUGGUCGUAGUAUCGUCCUGCCAGCAGAUUCCCGAUGACCCGAAUGUUGUAGUUGAAAAAUUUCUUAAUGAAGUUAACGAACACCUUGCGGUUUUGUACAAUAAUCAAAUUGAAUAUAAUUGGCGGGAAGAAGUCACUGAUCCAAAGCAAUUACCCGAAAAUAUUGAAGAUCCAAUUUUUGAAACAAUGGACUACAUCAAGGGAGUAGCAAGUAUUGUUUCAAAGCUUAAACGAGCAAAAGUUACAAAUGCGAAUCUGAAAAGGCAAUUAGAUCAAAUUCCUGAACCCGGCUAUGAUGCUUUGGAUGACAGUGAGAAGAUGGAUUUGCAUGAAAUCAUUGGUAAUAUGAGUGAAAUCUAUAAGAAUGUUGGAUUGUGUUCGUUUAGAGAUCGAAACAAUUGCACACUGAGACUGAUUCCGGAAGUUCAGGAAAUAAUUGAUGAUACGAUGAAUGUUGAAGAGUUGAAGUAUUAUUGGCUUGAGUGGCGGGAUAAGACGGGCUCGAAAAGCAAGUAUGCAUUUUCUAAAUUUGUGGAACUUUAUAAGAAAACGGCGGCUUUGAAUGGCUUCUUGAAACCUUCAGACUUCUGGCUAAGAGACAUUGAAGGCGAGUCCGGAGAAGUCAUAGCAACCUUAGAUAAGGUCAUGUUGAUUUUACGUCCACUUUUUCUACAAUUCCAUGCAUUUGUGAGAUCAGCUUUGAGGUUAAAAUAUGGUCCAGAUUUGAUUAGGUUCAAUGAGCCAUAUCCACAACAUCUAGCAGAAAAAUUCAUUGGAAGUUCAUAUCGGGAUAUGAAUGGUGAUUGGACAAUUGAUCUGCCUUAUCCAUUGGUUGGACUCGUAAACAUUACAGCAGGACUAAUAGCUAAAGAUAUAACAACACCUUAUGGAUUAAUUGAAACAGCUGCUAGAUUUUAUACAUCAAUUGGAAUGCCAUCAAUUCCACAAACAUUUUGGAUCCAAAGCGCUAGGCCCAAAUUUGAUGUCGAUGAACGAUUGAUGACUUGUUGGUCAAAAACUUGGAAAUACUACAGUUCUGAUAAAAUUAACUUGUCCUUCUGUCCGAUGGCUGAUGAGGAACGCUACACAAAUAUGUUCGAAGCUGUAUCAGAUUACUACUACUUCAAAUCUUAUCGUAAUCAACCAACCUUGUUUCAAGAGGAACCCUUACCUAACUUUGGUGAGGCUAUUGGAAAGGCUAUGACUCUAUCAGCAACAUCACCUAGAUUUCUGGAAAAAAUUGGAAUGGGAGGACCAGUUUACAGUUCAUAUGAAGGAAGGAUAAAUCGACUUUAUUUGCUGGGUCUCCGGAAUGUAUUUCUUAUUCCAAUAUUUUAUGUUCUGGAUAAAUAUCGAGUUGAUGUUUUGGAUGGUCGUAUUGAAAAUUUAGACAAUUGUGAAUUUUGGAAACUUACUGAAAAAUUCACCGGAGCAAAACCUCCAGUUCAACGAAGUCAUGAUCAAUUCGAUGCUCCAUCAAAACUAUUGAUAGAAGUUGAUGAUAAUUAUUCAAGUCCAACAAUGAGUAUAAUUUUACAAUUUCAAAUAUUCAAACGGCUUUGUGAAAAAACUGGUCAAUAUCGAAGGGGUGAUGAUGCAUAUCCUUUGGAUUUGUGUGAUCUUUCAGGACAUAAGGAAAUUGGACCAUUGGUAUUAAAUGCAAUGUCACUUGGUUCAUCAAAGUCCUGGAAAGAAGUACUUUUCACACUAACAGGUGACAACCAAUUAGAUGUUUCUGGAUUUUUAGAGUUCUUCAAACCACUCUACGGAUGGUUACAGUCAAUAAAUCAACUCAAUAAAGAAGAAAUUGGAUGGGUUGAGUUAAAUCAAUGUGUUUGAUAGAAAAAAGCAAUGAACCAAACAACUUAACUAUACUACCUUCAUUAGUUUUAAUUAAAAAAACAGAACACAAAGUAAAAAAAACAUAUGAUGUACAUUACAUAGGGUAUUUUUAGUUUAAGAAAAUAAUUUAUUCAUUAAGGAGGCGCAUUUGAAAAGAAAAUAAAAUAAAAAAAUAUAGACAAAAAA